UGUGUAUAUAUAUGUGUGUUUUUUAAUUCAAUGAUUUAAAUGAUGAACCCAGUAGCCUAUUCCAGUAGGCUAUUGGGAAACACAAGCACUUACCUCGAAAUCGCCUUGCUAUUCAUGUUGAAUAAAUUUGUCUGUGGUAAUUUAGCAAGCUGCUAAAUCGUUCAGUUUACAUCUUGUCUAGGCUACUGUAGGCUAUCUGAAAUUAGAUGUAGUCCUAUCAUGGGAUAUAGGCUAACUGUCUUUAUCUAAGCAAACCAUAGCAAAGUUGAAUUACAAUCAUAAACCCAGAUUUUAGUCUGUAGCCUAUGCCUAUUGCAAUGACAAGUCAAUCUUGCAAAUUGUCCAUUUAUAACGGUCUGUAGACUUAAUAUCGGGUACAUAAUAGCACAAUUGAUAGAAAAUAGCCUAACAUUAGUUUAAAAAUAAUCUUCAUCCAAGUAUUUCUUGCUCAGGGAUUUUGAGAUCCUCUGUCCAGCUUUCAUCACUCAAACUCUCCUGUCGGAUUUUUCUGUAGUUAAACACAUGCACAAAGGGGAUUUAUUUACAAUUAUAAACUGGGUGGUUCUUACUUACUGACUUUAUUGUCCCCAUGAGGACAUUUUGUUGCGUUGUCAUGUACACGUUUAAAUACAAAACAAAAUUGACAAUACAACUUUCAUAACAGUUAUAUACCAAUAAAAACAUUUUUUAAAGACUAGCCUGCUGACUUUACUGAGUUGAUAGGAACGUUAGCCCGAGCUAUUCAGGAGGGAUAUCACACCUGGCACAAAUUAUUGUCUCGUUCGAGCCCUGAAUGCUGAUUGGCUGAAAGCCGUUGUAUAUCAGACCAUAUACCAUGGGUAUGACAAUUUGUUUUUGUUUUACUGUUCUAAUUAUGCAGGUAACCAGUUUAUAAUAGCAAUAAGGCACUCAGGGGGUUUGUGGUAUAUGGCCAAUAUACAUACCACUGCUAACAAAUGUAUGCACAGCCCUUGGCCAUGGUACAUACCCCCUUGUGCCUUAUUGCUUAAUAAUAGCAGUCAAACGAGUUAAGUCGACAUCCAUUGAUGGAAAAUUAUCUGGCGAAUUUAAUAAGGGUAAAUUGUAUUUUCUCUUGAACAUGUUCAAAUUCCUAUAUUACAUUAUAUCAUAGCUCACAAAUAUUAUUUUGAGGAAAACCGAAUUUAGCUUCUCAUAUCGUUAACGUUAUGUCGAUAACGAUAUGGAAAAAGGUUUUAUUGUAUAAAUGUGGCAACUCCUGUCGUGCAAAAAAAGGGUUCGUUUUCUUGUCCUUUGGGCGGGUUUUGAGUGGUCAUUUCGCCUGAAAUUUCAGCUUGACCUGGCAACAUGACCUGAAAGAAUGUGCAGAAAAAUACGGAGAAACGCAACAUCGUAACUGCUGAAAUUGUAUUUGCUGUAAAUGUUGUGAUUAUUUCAAGCCUUUGAAAUCCACUCGUUGGCGUAUGGAAGUCAGCGCGUCCCAAAUGUAGCAGAACAUGACGGCACAAAGUCAAAAUGUCAACAAAGGAAGGAAGACGACAUCCCAACCUGGAGUAGCAGGUCUGAGCAACCUAUCAAAUGGGAGUCCUGCAAAUCAAAACACUCACAUUUCAUUUGUGCAGGAUUCAAGAAGGCCAGAUGAGUUUGACUUUGAGUGUGUGGUAAAUUCCAAAUUCAAAAACUCAAAAGUUUGGUUUUGUGAGAAAUGUCGCUUUUUGACCACAGAUUUUGAUGAUUACAGCAGCCAUAUUAUGGAGCAUGCGGUAAUGAGAUUUUACUGCUUCUAUUGUAAUCAUGUCUCAUACAGCGAGGCCGAAUUAAACCACCAUGUAGAACAGCACACCAGAGUACACCCCUUCAAGUGUCAGUUCUGUGAUUAUAGAGCUGUGAAGAAAGACUAUGUUGAAAUGCAUAUGAAGCGAAUACACAAUGCGCCUCCUGAGAAAGUAUCCAUUGCUUUGCCCAGAGCUCCCAAACCGGCCUCUCUCCCCAGUGCUCUGCCCAGAGAUCCCACAUUAUCAGGGAUCUUAAAUGCAAGGGUCGCACCUUUGCACACUAAGAAUAUCACAACCAGAGUGGAUGAAGGAAGACCUAUGGAUGGGACACUGGAUGCAAACAUAUUGCCCAAAGUAGAGGUGGAGCUGUUGGCACCUUUAAAUGAACCAAUUCAACACAACAGGCCUUUGACUGUCUCUUUCCCUGAAGUGGGGACCAUCCCCCCUGGCUGCCUUGUUGAACUUGUUGAGGUGAAAACAGUCAAUGGCACCAAGGAACUAAAGUUGAGACUUGUCUCACAACAAUCUAAUGGGUCUGUAGCGAAAGCCUGUCGGACCACAACCUCACAAAAUGCCACUUUGUGUAAAUCAUCGAUGUCCAACGCCACUCCAACUAGAGAAAAGCCAGUGAAGAAGAGAACUUGCCCAGCCAACAUAUCAACCCGACAAAUAAAUAACCAGAAACAAAAGGAUUUAACAACUGCCCUCAACACAAAUGGCAUACAACUGAAAAAACACUCUGAAGAGUUGCUGGUGAUGGUGAAAGAUGUAAAUCAGCCAUUUGAGAUAAAGAAAGAGGAAGUGAAGGAAGAGAACUGUGAUUCUGUGCAAAAAUCUGAACGCUUAACUUCAUUUACAGCUGUCUCGAGUGUGUCCAUGAUGGGAAACGUCAAUGGCACCAAAUCACCCUCUGUUGCACCUGCUGCAAUGUCGUCUCUUGUAUUGUGCAACCCUAGAAGUAGCACCCUGGUCAUUCCCUCUCCAACAAACCAACCUAAAGAGGAUGAGACUUGUCAUGUGGCUGACUCAAACACCUCUGGUUGGACUCAAUCUGAGAAUCCAUUAGUAGAUGAUGUGCCAGGACCAAAAGGUUUCCCAGUCAUUUCAGCUGUAUUUUCUCUAAGUAGCCCUCAACUCUUGGCGGUGGCUCUUCGGACCAUAGCUCUGGGUAACAAUUCACCCUCUGCAACGGUAGAGCAAGGAAAUGUCAAGAAUUCUUUGAUCCUCACACCUGCUAAGACAACAGCAGUGUGCAAAGGGCAUGAACACAAGAUAAAUCCAGGAAACACUGAUGUGGCCCCUGAGGGUUUGUCCUCUGUUCAUGCACCUCAAAUGACCUCAAAAGCCUGUCACCAGAUGCAGAGUGCUCAAUGUUCUAGACACACCCAAUCACUAACAAGUAAUCCCUUGAGCACCAAGGGGGGAAAUAACAGUGUUACAAUAAAGCUUCACAAGAAAACAGUUUUGAAUAUGAAAAAAAGUCCUCAAAAUGUGGCCAAAAAAACAGUAAACACACGGGACAGUUGGAUUGGCCAAAUUAACACUGAAAAAGGGUCAGUCCCCAGACACUGGAAAAGUUCAGCAAACAAGCGUGACAUUUCUGGUAGACUCUCUUCCUGCCUGAAGCUCUCAUUGAAAAGGAUACGAGUAGAAGAGGAAAGUAGCCUUCAACAUUGUGCACCUGAGUUGAACCAACGAAGGAAGAAAAGAAGACGACGAGACAUGGUAUCUGGGUCAAAGACUUUCACCCACCUGUUCGAUACCACAGGUGACAGGGUUAUUAUCUGCCCAACUCCACUGAAAGAAGACCAGCUGGUGAAGCAACCAGGCCCAAACCAACCUGUUGUGGUUCUCAAUCAUCCCAAGCCUCUGGUUCUGAGAGGGAGGGGGGGAAUGGAGAUGAUUCCAGACAUUGGUCCAACAUGUCACAUAAUGAAAAUGAAGUUGAGCAAAGUAAUGGGACAUACGUAUGAGGUGAUCGGAUGUACCGUUAAGGCCUCUCCUUAGGGUGAUGACAAAUUGUUAUGGAAAAUUAUAGAUUUAUUUGCUGGGAACAGAACACUAAACAUUGAGUUAUCAAGACAAGAGUUAAGGGUUGGCUUGCACUCAUUUCCAGAGUCCCUAGAUGAGCUUCAGAUGAAUAAUGGUUAGACAUUUCAAACAAUAUGUUACUUCAUAGAUGAUGAAAGACUGAACCCCGUUGAGAAAAACAAGUGGGCAUUCAGGCAGGCAUAUUUAAAAUAAUAAUAAUAAACGAUUAGUAUUUUUGCUGCAGUAUCAUUGAUAGCACAGAUAUGUGUAAAUAUGAUUGUAUAUUUGAAUGAACUUUUUUUCUGAUGGAUGAACAACUGCUUAAAUUAAAUCAAUGUCAAUUAUUUUGAAUGCAUUUUGAAUAAAAUAAUAUGUAACCUCCUGGUUACUUUUAGCCGGACUGCAUUGGGAGAAUAGAACACCAGUGUACGCAGUCAGCAACGUUACUAAUUUGUUGUUUUGAGUAUUUAAAUUGAUAACUCACUCUUUAAUUAAAUAAAUAGCUACACAAAAAUAGUGUGUAGAAUGAUAGCCAUGAGGACAGCAAGGGAUUUGUUUUUCAACUGUCAUUGAAAGACCAGGCACAUCUCUCUGCAGUUGUCUCUGAAAAAGCAAUUGUAGCUAGAGCUGCCACCCAAUACCAGUGUUUUUACAUCAAAAUAUAAAUAGUUGUCAAUCCUACUACAGAAUUCUGAAAAUGUUAACCAUAUGGUGAAUAGAAUGUUCAUGCUAAACCUCUUUCCGUUGAUCACUGACUUUUUGUAUUGAAGCUCUGAAAAAAGUUUGGUUAUAUUAUCCAACCUCAUCAUUCCUGUUUUAUAUUUUGCAUUUAUUAGGGUUGACUGACUUGACAUUAACAUUUUAAGUUCCUAGUGGAGCAAAUUAACUCAGUGCUACUCUAUUGAACCCUUUUUUGGACUUUUACAUUUUUAACCAUCAUUCCAGGUGGUUCCUGCCAUCUUUAUCCCUUUUUCAUAAGUCAUUCAUGUUUUCUUUGGACUUUUUGUCAUGGUUACUGCUGUAUAUUGCUAGAAGUGUUUGAACCGCUCUCUCAAUCAUCUGUUUUUCUGUCAUUUUUUUCUGUAAAAGUAUCAGAGAAAAUAUUGAGAUGUUUUAGGUUGGACCAUAACAAUAUAUUUAUCAAAUAUAGCUCUUGUUUAGAUGUGGUGCGGAUCUUUAAAUGUACAUGUAUUUUGGUUUCCUUUGAAAUUUCUCUCGUCUUUUAAAUGGGGAGUUAUUCGCAUAAUAACAAUUAUAGUUGUUGUUCUCAUGUUGUCAGUGUUUUCUGUCCUCUAUGUAUUAUCUUAAUGUGCCAUUUUGAAUAAAGAUCUUUUUUCAUA